ACAAAAAAGGUAGAGAGAGAAAGAAUGAGUGAGUGAGGGAACUGAUCAGUGUCUUCGAACUUCGAAGCUGUAAAUUUUUUAUUUUUUUUCCUUCUUCUUCUUCUUCUGGAUUCUAGCAUUAUGCUUUAGCCUUCCUUUUUUACUGAAAGUAAAGGGAAAAUGGAUGAUGAUGAUGAGUACAGACGGAAGGCGAAGAUCGCAGUGGUGGCUAUGGUGGUUCUGGCUUCUAUAGCAGUCUUUGCUCUCUUUGUUGCAUUUGCUUACUACUGCUACAUUCGCCGCAAGGUCUCCAUGCGCCGCCAGGCCCAAAAAGCUGAAGAUGCUAACCUUUAUGAGAAAAGUGACUUUGCAAAUUUGCAAGUUGUUGCUGAGAAGGGACUUAAGGUGUUCACAUUCAAGCAGCUACAUUCUGCAACAGGUGGCUUUAGCAAGUCCAAUGUGAUUGGCCAUGGUGGUUUUGGCCUUGUUUACCGCGGAGUGCUUAGUGAUGGCAGGAAAGCCGCCAUUAAUUCAUGGUCAGGCUGGAAAGCAGGGGGAAGAAGAAUUUAA